AUUCCAUUUUAAUCCAUCCCGCCCUUCCGUCCCCGUGCCCCCAACGCCAGACCACCCAGGCGACCCUCGCGCGACAAUCAUCCUGCCUCGUUUGUGUGCCCCUGUCCUACAGCGCCCGUCGAUCGCUUCUUUGCGCAUCCAUAAAGCUGUCCCCGUGGCCCUUCGAUGAGACCGAGCAGCCACCACCACCACUACCACCACCAUCACCAUCACCGCCACCGCAUCGCUGCAAGCGACCUGCCCCAAGCGCUCAUUCACAACGCUCACUGUCACACGAGACCAUCCGCAUCACCAUCAUCAGUCUCCCGCCGGCACGUCGGCGGUGACGACGUUGCCCCUCUCCUCGACAUCUCCGUUCCCCCAUAAGUAGGGGAGUCGCCUCGGCCCCUACGCCUCUUCUCCCCUUUGGCCACCGUCGCGCGCAUCUUUCCACAAUCCUCUACAAUGGUUCCCAAAGAGCUACCUACGCGCGACCAACUGCGCGACUACAACCAUGCCGUCGCUGGACAUGCUGGCACCCUUUGCGACGCCGACGGCGAACUUUUCAUCAAGCCAUGCACGCAGUCGGAAAUCGAUUUUUACCAAUCCGCCAAUCGGCGGCAUCCUGAAUUUGCCGAUUUGAUGCCCCUCUUCAUGGGGUCUUUGAUGCUCAGCGACCCGACCACUGAAGGCAUUGACGAGGCCGUCGCUGGGGUCAUCUCCGAUGCCGGCGAUAUCAAGACAACCAAAGACCAGAUCGUCGCCUCGGUCGCUCAGCAAAUAAAGAACGCGCCGCUCGACACCUCUGAGCCGUCCGAGUCACAGUCCGAGUCACAGUCCGAGGACAACAUUUCGUGGAUCCCGACAAAGGGCAAGAAGAUCAAGACGGACAAAGCCGUCGUUCUCGAGAAUGCAACGUUUGGUUUCAAGCAGGCAAACAUUCUUGACGCCAAGCUCGGCGUCAGACUGUGGGCCGACGACGCGCCGCUCGAAAAGAAGCGUCGCUUCGACAAGAUCUCCUCCGAGACAACACACGGCAAUCUUGGCUUCCGCAUCGCUGGCAUGAGGGUCUACCGCGGGUCGGAGGAUUCAUCAGACCUGGAUGAAGAGGAUUACAAGAUUUACGACAAGGAUUACGGUCGCCUGUCCGUCAACAACGAAAAUGUAGUCGAUGAGUUCCGCAAGUUCGUUUUCAACAAGGCUGCUGGUGUCGAUGAGGAGCUAGGUCGGGCUGUUUGCGAAGCCUUUGCGCGCGAUUUGAGGAGAGUGAUCGAUGUCAUGUCUCGGCAUGAGAGUCGCAUGUUCUCAGCGUCGCUACUAUUUGUUUUCGAGGGCGACGGGGAGGCCCUUCGCAAGGCCAUUGAGGAGAACAAUUCGCUGGUGGAUUCGACGGUCGAGAAGGCAUUCUUGGACCGCAUGACGAGCCGUAUCGACAGCGGCAUUGGCCUUGAUGACUCAGACAGCGACGAAUUCGAUGAUCUGGAAGCGUCACUGCCCAAGAUUUAUACGUUGAAGCUCAUCGACUUUGCACACGCACAGUGGACACCGGGGCUGGGCCCCGACGAAAACAUUCUCACCGGUGUGAGGAGCCUGGAGCGCAUCUUCCAGGAGAUGGCGCAAUGACCGUCAUGAUACGAGCAAAACAAAAAAGCGACAAAGGACGCCCCUUUUGCACUAUAGCCAUGUGCGUGCGGCCAAACGAAUAGCGCUUGAUGAUAAUGAUGAACGAGAGUCUGGGGAUGGGUAUACCCGGCGGGAUAUAUCAUAAGAGUCGAUUUUGGUGUGUUGUUUCACGGCAUGCAUGCAUGGAGAGGCGACCAUCGGCCCUCUGAACUAUGUUAUCUCGUGGCGUUUAAGGCGAAGUUGGAAGGAUAUGCGGCCGGUCAGGUAGAGCAUUGCGCCUCAGCGGCGAACGAAGGCAUCUUAUCAAGUCAUUUGCAUGGCGAACCCUUUAGCACAGCCAAUCCUGAAUUGAGUGUGUGCUUGGAAAUUGGAGCUGCUCUGGACUCACCCGCCCGUGGUAUGCUGCCAGCCAUCUGAAUUGUGUAGAAGAACCCGC